AUGUUGUGGAAUUACAAUCAAUCAGAAUGGUUUCCUGCACAUAAAGGUUUCUCAAGGGUGAUCCUGCUAUGUGUCCAUGUGGCAAAGCUCCUCGCGUCAGCAGAUAGUACCAGUGAACCUCAGAAGCAACUCUUGGAAAUAAUUGACUUGAAUGCGGAGAACAUGAAACAGCAUCGUCGGUUGGCUCCCAUCAGCGGCUAUGUCCAAUAUGGAGGAAAUCUCGUCGGAGACACCAAUUCUGGACUUUUUGGAGGUGCUGUGGCCAUCGAUGAGACAGGGACAACAAUAGUAGUCCGUGAAUUGGGAACUGACACUGUUCGAGUCUAUAGGAAUGCUGCCAAUGGAUGGACCCAGAAAGGUCAAGAUUUGACAGGUUUUCCUGACUUUGGCGCUCGUCGUUCAGUUGCAAUAUCAGGAGAUGGCGGCAUGGUUGCUGUCAGCUCUCCGGACAAUAGAGUUGUUGUGGUGUUUCAACAUGACACAAGCACAGAGAUGUGGUCACAAAGAGGAAAUACAAUUCAAGGUUUUGAGUUGGAUGGCUCACCAAUUUCUUCCUUUGGUUAUGCCAUUUCCCUGACAGCGGAUGGAAACAAAGUAGCAGUUGGGGCUCCUUUUCACGAUAGCCCAACUGAAAUCGUGGCUGGGUUUGCAACAACCUAUUUCUGGAAUGGCACUGACUGGCAGCGUGACAUUUAUUUUGAGACUAUUCUCUCCUCCACCAUACUUUCUGGGCUGUACGGAGAAGUUGAAUUCGCACAGUUGGGGGCGUCUAUAUCAUUCUCUGGUGAUGGCAACUGGAUUGCUGUUGGAAUGCGAUUCUCUGGAUCCUCUGACUCUGAAGCUACAAGGUUUGGUGAAUGCCGUGUUUACAACAUUGAGUUCGGCUCCAUCCUGCUACAAGACAUUACUGGUGGAGCGAUGUUUGGGUCCGCUGUCAAUGACGAAUUUGGUUUAUCCGUGGUCCUAAACUAUGAUGGAAGCAUCAUUGCGGUUGGUUCUCCAGGGUUUGAUGUGCGUGGGGCUGAAGAUGUUGGCAGGGUGCAAGUCUUUGAAAGAACUGGUGAACUAUGGAUAAAAUUGGGGAGUGAUCUCAUUGGGGAGGAACAACUGGAUGCAUUUGGGUACUCCGUUGAUUUAUCCGAUGAUGGCAAAACCCUUGUGGCUGGAUCUUCAAAUAGUUUCCGCUUCUCAUCAUUUCUCCCCGGUUACGCUCGCAUCUACAAGUUUGAUGGCACUGAUUGGGUCCUUCAAGAGAUCAGCAGGGCUCAAGGUUUUGAUAUUGAUGGAAUUAGGGUAGGCGAUGAGUUGGGAUAUAGUGUUGCCGUUUCUGGAGAUGGGACUAAAGUCAUUGUUGGAGCACCUGGUUAUGAGGACAUUCCUUCAGCAACUGAUGAUGGUCCUAAUAACGGCCUUGUCCAAAUGUGGGGACAGACUGACUUUCCCACAUUUUCUCCUAUCCUGAAUCCUUUGCCUCAAGUUGGCAACCUGGGCACUGGUGGAAGCCCUGCACAGGCCAGUUUUGUUAGUAGAGCAUACACUUGGUGGCAGGGUGCAGUCAGCUAUGUGGAAGGGUUUUUGUUUAAUUGA